UCAAGCAGCAACAACUGCUUGUAGAUACCGAAGCAAGGUGAUUGUUAAGUAACAUUCCAGCCUUGUAAAUGGCCACUAAAAGCCUGGGCAUACAAAUAGUGACAUCCAUUAGGAUAUGACACCAGUUUUGUGGAUGAGGCCCACAUGCCACCUGACACCAUUUGUCUAAAGGAGCCCAAUGCCCUAAACAGGACAGCUCGUUAUGAGUGGUGGGCUGAAUCUUUACUAUAAAAGAACCCCUGCUAUGCUGUUCCAAAGUAUUGAACUGACAAGCUGCCAACAAAGUGCUUGCACAGCUACUGUUUGGCUUAGCACGGAGUAGGCUUCCUACACUAAAGGGUCAUUAUGAGUGGAGACCCAGAAAUGGAGUGUUUUGGCCCUGCAGCCAUAUACCUCCGCAAGCCAGAACGAGAGAGGAUCGAGGCUCAGAACACCCCAUUUGAUGCAAAGACUGCAUACUUUGUGACAGAGCCAGCAGAGAUGUAUCUUAAAGGAAAGCUUAUGAAGAGGGAGGGUGGUAAAGCUACCGUUGAAAUUCAGGGUGGAAAGACACUGACUGUAAAGGAGGAUGAAAUCUUCCCCAUGAACCCUCCAAAGUUUGAUAAGAUUGAGGACAUGGCCAUGAUGACCCACCUGAGUGAGCCUUCUGUGCUGUAUAACCUCAAAGAGCGUUAUGCAGCAUGGAUGAUCUACACCUACUCUGGGCUUUUCUGCGUGACUGUGAACCCCUACAAGUGGCUCCCAGUGUAUGACUCAGUGGUUGUGGCAGGAUACAGAGGCAAGAAGAGAGUGGAGGCUCCACCCCACAUUUUCUCCAUCUCUGACAAUGCCUAUCAGUUCAUGCUCCAAGACAGGGAAAACCAGUCCAUCCUGAUUACCGGAGAAUCCGGAGCUGGAAAGACUGUCAAUACCAAACGUGUCAUACAGUACUUUGCGACAAUCGCAGUGGCUGGAGGAAAGAAGCAAGAGCAAGUUUCAGGCAAAAUGCAGGGGUCACUGGAAGAUCAAAUCAUUGCAGCAAACCCACUGCUAGAGGCUUAUGGUAAUGCCAAGACCGUGAGGAAUGACAACUCAUCUCGUUUUGGUAAAUUCAUCAGAAUUCAUUUUGGGACAACUGGAAAAUUAGCUUCAGCUGAUAUUGAAACAUAUCUGCUGGAGAAGUCUCGAGUGACCUUCCAGCUAUCUGCUGAGAGGAGCUACCACAUCUUCUAUCAGUUGACUACAGGACACAAGCCUGAGCUUCUUGAGGCUCUUCUGAUCACCACCAACCCUUAUGACUAUCCCAUGAUCAGUCAGGGAGAGAUCACGGUCAAAAGUAUCAAUGACGUCGAAGAAUUUAUUGCUACUGAUACUGCCAUUGACAUUCUGGGAUUCAAUGCUGAAGAAAAAAUCGGCAUCUACAAACUGACUGGUGCAGUGAUGCAUCAUGGGAACAUGAAGUUCAAGCAGAAGCAGCGCGAGGAACAGGCUGAGCCUGAUGGGACAGAAGUGGCUGAUAAAAUAGCUUACCUUAUGGGCCUUAACUCUGCUGACAUGCUCAAGGCUUUGUGUUACCCAAGAGUCAAGGUUGGCAAUGAAAUGGUAGUUAAGGGCCAAACAGUUCCACAGGUCAACAAUGCUGUGAUGGCUCUGUGCAAGUCCGUCUAUGAGAAAAUGUUCUUGUGGAUGGUUGUCCGCAUCAAUGAAAUGCUGGAUACAAAGCAGCCUAGGAGCUUUUUCAUUGGAGUCUUGGAUAUUGCUGGUUUUGAAAUCUUUGAUUUUAAUAGUUUGGAGCAGCUGUGCAUCAACUUUACCAAUGAAAAACUGCAACAGUUUUUCAACCACCACAUGUUUGUCCUGGAGCAAGAAGAGUACAAGAAAGAGGGCAUUGAAUGGGAGUUCAUUGAUUUUGGUAUGGACUUGGCUGCCUGCAUUGAGCUUAUUGAGAAGCCAAUGGGCAUCUUCUCCAUCCUUGAGGAGGAGUGUAUGUUUCCUAAGGCAUCAGACACUACCUUCAAAAACAAACUGUAUGACCAACAUCUUGGUAAAAGUGCCCCUUUCCAAAAACCAAAGCCUGGCAAAGGAAAGGCUGAAGCCCAUUUUUCCCUGGUGCAUUAUGCUGGCACUGUUGACUACAAUGUGGCGGGCUGGCUUGAUAAGAACAAAGAUCCUCUGAAUGACUCAGUUGUUCAGCUCUAUCAGAAGUCCUCAGUCAAACUGUUGGCUCUCCUUUAUGCAUCUCACGCCUCAGCUGACGCUGAGGGAGGUGGGAAAAAAGGUGGCAAGAAAAAAGGUGGUUCUUUCCAGACAGUAUCAGCUCUGUUCAGGGAAAAUCUGGGGAAGCUGAUGACCAAUCUACGAAGCACUCAUCCACAUUUUGUGCGCUGUUUGAUUCCUAAUGAGUCAAAGACUCCAGGUUUGAUGGAGAACUUCCUGGUCAUCCACCAGUUGAGGUGUAAUGGAGUGUUGGAGGGAAUCCGCAUCUGCAGAAAGGGCUUCCCCAGCAGAAUCCUCUAUGGAGACUUCAAGCAGAGGUAUAAAGUAUUGAACGCCAGUGUCAUCCCAGAGGGACAGUUUAUUGACAACAAAAAGGCUUCAGAGAAACUUUUGGGCUCUAUUGAUGUUGACCAUUCUCAGUACAGAUUUGGACAUACAAAGGUGUUUUUCAAAGCCGGUCUGCUGGGUACAUUGGAGGAGAUGAGAGAUGAGAAGUUAGUCGAGCUGGUUACAAUGACUCAGGCUCUGUGCAGAGGUUAUGUAAUGAGAAAGGAGUUUGUCAAGAUGAUGCAGAGGAGGGAAGCCAUUUACUCCAUCCAGUACAACAUCCGCUCAUUCAUGAAUGUCAAAACAUGGCCAUGGAUGAAGCUGUACUUUAAGAUCAAGCCUCUGCUGAAAAGUGCAGAAACUGAAAAAGAAAUGGCCCAAAUGAAAGAGGACUUUGAAAAGACCAAAGAGGAUCUUGCAAAAGCUCUGGCAAAGAAGAAAGAGCUGGAAGAGAAAAUGGUUACUCUGCUCCAAGAGAAGAAUGACUUGGCAUUGCAAGUGCAGUCUGAAGGUGAAAACCUUUCAGAUGCAGAGGAAAGGUGUGAGCAGCUGAUCAAAGCCAAAAUCCAACUUGAAGCCAAAGUCAAAGAGACGGCUGAGAGACUGGAGGAUGAGGAGGAAAUCAACGCUGAGCUGACAGCAAAGAAGAGGAAGCUGGAGGACGAGUGCUCUGAGUUGAAAAAAGACAUUGACGACUUGGAGCUCACAUUGGCCAAAGUGGAGAAGGAGAAACAUGCCACAGAGAACAAGGUCAAAAACCUCACAGAGGAGAUGACUUCUCUUGAUGAAGCCAUUGUCAAGCUGACUAAGGAGAAGAAGGCCCUUCAAGAGGCCCAUCAGCAGACCCUUGAUGACCUUCAGGCAGAAGAAGAUAAAGUCAAUUCUCUGACUAAGGCUAAAGCAAAGUUAGAACAGCAAGUCGAUGAUCUUGAAGGUUCCCUGGAACAAGAAAAGAAGCUCCGCAUGGAUCUUGAAAGAAGCAAAAGAAAACUUGAAGGAGAUCUUAAACUUGCCCAUGAAACUAUUAUGGAUCUUGAGAAUGACAAACAACAGUCUGAAGAGAAAAUUAAGAAGAGGGACUUUGAGAUGAGCCAGCUUCUUAGUAAAAUUGAAGAUGAACAAGCAAUUGGAGUUCAGCUUCAAAAGAAAAUCAAAGAGCUACAGGCUCGUAUUGAGGAGUUGGAGGAGGAAAUCGAGGCUGAGCGUGCGGCUCGGGCCAAAGUUGAGAAACAACGCUCGGAUCUCUCCAGGGAAUUGGAGGAGAUCAGUGAGAGACUGGAGGAAGCUGGUGGAGCAACUGCAGCUCAGAUUGAGAUGAACAAGAAACGUGAAGCUGAGUUUCAAAAGCUGCGGAGAGAUCUGGAAGAGUCCACUCUGCAGCAUGAGGCCACUGCUGCUGCACUGCGCAAAAAGCAGGCUGACAGUGUGGCCGAACUGGGAGAGCAGAUUGACAACCUCCAGAGGGUCAAGCAGAAACUGGAGAAGGAGAAGAGUGAAUAUAAAAUGGAGAUUGACGACCUUACAAGCAACAUGGAGGCCCUUGCCAAAUCUAAAGGCAAUUUGGAGAAAAUGUGCCGUUCCCUUGAAGAUCAGCUUAGUGAAAUCAAGUCUAAGAAUGAGGAGCAUGUUCGUCAGUUAAAUGAAAUGAAUGUUCAAAGAGCAAGACUGAUGACAGAAAACGGUGAGAUCGGUCGUCAUCUAGAAGAAAAGGAGUCUCUUGUUUCCCAGCUUACAAGAGGCAAACAGGCUUACAUUCACCAAAUUGAGGAGCUAAAAAGGCACCUUGAGGAGGAAGUUAAAGCAAAAAACGCCCUGGCUCACGGACUUCAAUCAUCACGUCAUGACUGUGACUUGCUCAGAGAACAGUAUGAGGAGGAGCAGGAGGCCAAGGCUGAGCUGCAGCGUGCACUGUCCAAGGCUAACAGUGAGGUGGCUCAGUGGAGAACCAAAUAUGAGACUGAUGCCAUUCAGCGCACUGAGGAGCUGGAGGAGGCCAAGAAAAAGCUGGCCCAACGUCUCCAAGAUGCAGAAGAAUCCAUUGAGGCUGUGAAUGCAAAAUGUGCCUCUCUGGAAAAGACCAAGCAAAGGCUUCAGGGUGAAGUGGAAGACCUGAUGAUUGAUGUGGAAAGAGCUAAUGCUCUCGCCGCUAAUCUCGACAAAAAGCAAAGAAACUUUGAUAAGGUUCUCGCAGAGUGGAAACAAAAGUAUGAAGAGAGCCAGGCUGAACUGGAGGGAGCUCAGAAGGAAGCUCGUGCUUUAAACACAGAAAUGUUCAAAAUGAAAAACUCCUAUGAGGAGGCUCUGGACCAUUUGGAGACGCUGAAGAGAGAGAACAAAAACCUCCAACAGGAAAUUACUGAUUUGACUGAACACCUUGGUGAAUCAGGAAAAACAAUACAUGAACUAGAAAAGGGUAAGAAAUCAGCAGAAAGUGAGAAAGCAGAAAUCCAAACUGCCCUGGAGGAAGCAGAGGCCACUUUGGAGCAUGAGGAAUCCAAGAUCCUCCGUGUCCAGCUUGAACUUACUCAGGUCAAGAGUGAGAUCGACAGAAAGGUGGCAGAGAAAGAUGAAGAGAUUGAGCAGAUCAAGAGGAACAGCCAGAGAAUCAUUGAGACCAUGCAGAGCACUUUGGACGCUGAGAUCAGGAGCAGGAAUGAUGCUCUGAGAAUCAAGAAGAAGAUGGAGGGAGACCUCAAUGAAAUGGAGAUUCAGCUGAGCCAUGCCAAUCGUCAGGCUGCUGAAGCCCAGAAACAACUGAGGAAUGUGCAGGGCCAGCUCAAGGAUGCACAACUGCACCUUGACGAGGCCCUCAGAGGUCAAGAUGAAAUGAAAGAGCAGGUGGCUAUGGUGGAGCGCAGAAACAACCUGAUGUUGGCAGAGAUUGAGGAGCUGAGAGCUGCUCUAGAGCAGACUGAGAGAAGCCGCAAAGUGGCAGAACAAGAGCUGGUGGAUGCCAGCGAGCGCGUGGGGCUCCUCCACUCUCAGAAUACCAAUCUUAUCAACACAAAAAGGAAGCUUGAUGCUGAUCUUACCCAGAUCCAAGGAGAAGUGGAAGAUGCUAUCCAGGAGGCAAGAAAUGCAGAAGAAAAGGCCAAAAAGGCAAUCACAGACGCUGCCAUGAUGGCAGAGGAGCUAAAGAAGGAGCAGGACACCAGUGCUCAUCUGGAGAGGAUGAAGAAGAACCUGGAGGUGACUGUGAAGGACCUGCAGCACCGUUUGGAUGAGGCUGAGAACCUGGCCAUGAAAGGUGGCAAGAAGCAGCUUCAGAAACUGGAGGCUAGGGUACGGGAGUUGGAAUCUGAGGUUGACGCUGAACAAAAACGAGGUGCUGAAGCUGUUAAAGGUGUUCGCAAAUAUGAACGUAGAGUGAAGGAACUCUCUUACCAGACUGAGGAAGACAAGAAGAACAUUGCUCGUCUUCAGGAUCUCGUGGACAAACUGCAGGUCAAAGUGAAAUCAUACAAGCGGCAGUCGGAGGAGGCUGAAGAACAGGCUAACACCCACCUGUCCAGAUACAGAAAAGUCCAACACGAGCUGGAGGAAGCUCAGGAGCGAGCUGAUAUCGCCGAGUCCCAGGUCAACAAACUCAGGGCCAAGAGCCGCGACAUUGUCAGGGGAAAAGAUGCCGAAGAGUGAGUUGAAAACAUACGAGACACAAGGAAAAAGUCAUAAAAUAUGUGCUUUUUUACAUUUUGUGCAAUAAACUAUACAUUUUAGCAUUUACAUU